CUCCCCGUCCGCACGACAAGGAACAAAGGGAAGAGCUCGCUGCAAGAUUUGGCCCGCACAGCGACCGCAGCGAGAGAGAAGGCCACGCAGUUGCGGAGUGGACGGUGAAGUAUUCACAGCUCAACAUAAAAUGCGAGCAUACAAUCUUUCUUAGCGUGUCUAGUGAUAUUUCUCUCAAAUCAAGGCGGCAGGGAUGAGUCAAUUACCUCAUGCCAGGCUGCGGCCACAACAGCGGCAGCAAAGGAGGCUCCUUCCUCCAACCUGCAGUGACUACAGUCAGCGAGCGGGCUGCGAGCGUCAGGACUGCCGCGCGCUGCACCUGUGCCACCGCUUCCUGCUUGGUCGAUGUGCGACGGGCAGCGGCUGCUCCCUGUCCCACAUGCUGUACACGCCCCGGAACCUCCGCUUGCUGGUGCCGCUGGGCUGGUCCUCUCCUGGCGACAUGGCCCGGGCGCUGGACAUAAUGCGGCAGCGUGCUCGCGGUCACAACUUCAGUGUGUGUCACAUGUACAACAUGGGCGUCUGUACAGCAGCCGACUGCGUGCGACUGCACGUCUGUCACCGGCACGUCUUGGACAAAUGUCCACUGGACAACUGCGGGCUCAUCCACAGUGUGGUGGACAGCGCGCACAACAUGCACGCCCUCAUGAAGGCCGGUCUGAGCGACACGCCCGUUUCAGAGGUGCUAAGACGUCUGAGAGAACAGAUACGCCGACAGCCGACCAGGCCUAGUCUCUGCAAGUCAGUCUACAGCGGACAGGGCUGUCAACGCCACUGCCUGCGAUUGCACUACUGCGAGGCGUUCGCGCGCGCACGCUGCAAGUACGGGGAACGGUGCUACAAGAGCCAUAGCCUACGGGACGCGCACAAUGAGCGCGUGCUAACAUUCUUCGGAUGGACAGAGGAGGAAGUGUUGGGUGUGCUCAAGGCGAAGGACAGUGCCAUCUUAGGGUCACCGAUCGCAAAGGAUGAGACUCCUGCCAGAGGGCACGAUGAUGCGGAAGGAACCGGCUACCAGGAUCUCACCGAAGAGUCAGGAUCCGGGGAGGGAACUGAGACAAUCGCCAAGAAAGAUGGCGCGAAAGAGAGAAAGCGAGAUCGGGAGGGUCUUGAAUGGACCAAAGGAAAAGCAGAAGAGGAAGUGGAUAUGGAGAGACAAGAAUGGCGCCGCAAAGAGGAGGAAUGGAACUGUCGACAGAAGAAUUGGGAGCGUUUAGAGAAAACCUGGCAGGAGAAAGAAAAGGAAUGGGAGUCGAAAGAGCAAAAAUUUGUGCAAAAAGAGAAGCAACUGCAGGAGGAGCUUAAAACAUUAACCGAGAAGCAGACUAGAGAUCAAGAGACAUUGGCGAUCCAUGAACGCGAACGGGAAGCGUUGGAGCAACAGAGAGAACAGGAACAGAAAAAACGAGAGCACGAUGAGGAAAAUUACAGGAAAGAAAUGGCCGAAAAGGAAGCCCAAUGCCAAGAGUUGACUGAGAAGCACACGCGACUCCUGACCAACUACACAGCCAGCGAGGAGACCGUCACCACUAUGAAGCGGAUGAACUUUGAGCUGGGGCAGCAGCUGGUCACCCUACAGAUGCUGUUGAAGGAGUCUGAGGGUCGCGAUGUCGAUAAAGCAAAAGCACAAGAAACCAAGAAAGGGAAAGACGCAGAAACUCAAGCUGACACAAUUCGUGAGCAGAUUAAGAAGCAGCGGGAGUGUCUCGAGUGCAGCAUUUGCCUGGGCGUAUUCAAGAGGCCGGUGACCCUGGGAUGCUCACACACGUUCUGUCGAGGCUGCAUUGAGGAAGCCAGCCAUGCUCAGCCGCUGAGACAGAAGAUGACGGAUCGGGACAGGCAAAAGCGGCAAGUCAUGUGUCAAUGGAUCUCCAACAAGAUGGAGAGGAACGCGCGGUGGGUGAACCGAGUCUGGUUCUCAGACGAGGCUCACUUCCACCUGAACGGUGCGGUGAACAACCACAACAACACUUUCUGGGGUAACUCACCACCGGAAGAAGUAACGGAGAAGCAGCUGAAGGGCCCGAAGGUCACUGCCUUCGUGGCCUACAACGCCACUCACGGCCUCCUCGGUCCCUACUGGUUCGAAGAAGAUGGCCGGACCGUCACCAUCAAUGGCGAGCGCUACCGCGAGGUCAUCCGGGAAUUCUACGCGGAUCUGACCGAUAUGCUCACCGAUAACCAACUGCAACAGGCAUGGUUCAUGCAAGACGGAGCUCCGCCUCACACUGCGCGUGAGAGUAUCGAAUGCCUUAAGGAGCUGUUCAACGCUCGCCUCAUGUCUCUCGGCACCGCCCAUGAGUGGGCUCCCCACAGCCCUGAUCUCAACCCGCUAGACUUUUGGCUGUGGGGGGCUGCCAAGGACACUGUGUACGCAGGCAAGCCCAAGACACUGGUCCAGCUUAAGCAGAACGUCGAAAGAUACCUGCAUCAAGUCGGUCCCGAGACUCUGACGAAAGUCGCUGAGAGUUUCCAGGCCAGAAUCAAGGCGUGUCUCAACCGCGGUGGUGCCCAUAUCGAGAACGUGAACUACAAGAAGUUCGCGUAAACUUGUGAUCGCAGGAACUCCUCUGCCCUCUGGCAAGGAGUUAUAGCACUGAUACGAGAGUAACCUUGUUGAAAAACGACAAACGUGAGCUUUCAUAUGGUGUAUGUUUUAAUGCGUUAAUACUUGUCAAGCGUUUAUAAUACACGUUUGAAACUGUGACACUUUUUUCGGAACACCCUGUACACAAAUUUUGUGCUCGGGUGGAU